AUGGCCGCAUACGUCUGGAACGCUGAUGCUACCCUCCGAAUCACCGACGCCCUCAGAGGCAGUGUCACCUGCAUCGGCCGAGCAGCGAGAAGAUUCGAUGCGCGAUGUGGUUGGAGAAUCGAUGCCCAAUCUGCUUCCGACGCAGCGGCAGCCCGUAACCUGCUCCGAGUCAUGAGCGAGAGUCCCCCAACCGCCGUCACCUCCGCGCAACUCCAUAAGCUUGCCAAUCAUUGCCUGUGCGAAUGCCACAAGGAACAAAUUGACCGAGCCAAAUCAGAAUUGAAAAGCUACCUUGCUGUGGCUGUUCAAGCAUACGAACAGUACCGAAACGCAACCCGACAGCAUGAAGCCUUCCGUACCCAGUUAUUGGAACCCCUUGGUCUGCCGGACGACGAAGAGAGCGAUGAGACCGUGAUUCGUCGUGUCAGAAGCGUGACCGGUCUCGCAGACUAA